UUGAGGAAAAAGGCAUGUAAUUCAGUUGUUUUAGAAUUUAUAAUACCUUCAUGUUAAUCUAUCAUGUGAAUUUCCAUGUAAUCAUAAUAAUAACGCAGCUAUAGUUUUUUGGUAAAGGUUGAAUUUUCUAGCCUUACUUUUUUUCCCAGAUUGUCUUUUGCCUCUAGAGACACCUGAUCAAAUUUGCAGCUGCGCCACUGAUACCAUUGUGGUGUCAGGAGGUAAAAAGGCUAUUCUCAUUGGAAUUGAUGGUCGCUACAACGUCAGCUUGCCAACCUUCACAUGCUCAACAUGCCAUAUGAGCAGAACGACCAGCAUCCCACACCUGAUCAAGUCUGGUUACUGGCCUGCCACAGCAAGCUGUGAAACACUUUAUAAAAUUGAUGUGUUUGUGUCAUACGACCACAUGAAAUUGACUGCUCCUGGACUUUCUAGACAGUCCUUCGUCAGUUUAUUGGAACAGCGGACGGAGUUCUUUGGCCGAGAUGGAAAGAUCUGCACAGAUGCUUUUCAAAGAAGUUUUUUCGAAUGGAGAUACUGCCAGUUCCAAAUUGAUCAGCUCUGUGGACUGAAAGUGUUUGAGUGUCCAGCCUGUUCUCCAUUUAUGCUUGCUGUGUCAGUCGAUGGUAACAGGAAAUUGUAUCGCUUCAAAAGAGGGGCUGAAGAUCAUGGUCUGUUCAAGGGUGUCUUUGUCUGUGAGGAUGAAGAUGUUUCCAAGUUCGUGGACUACAUUAAUAAGAAGACAAAGCACUCCGCUGGAAAAGGUGUCUGUGGAUCGAGUCAGUGGACUGCAGCACGGGAGUCCAUCCCAAAGAAAAUCAACAAGCUGGAUGAGGAGGGGAUGGAGGUGGCUGUCUGUCGGCAUGGUGUGCUGCUGAGAAGUCUGAACAUGAUGAGGGGGGAAAUAUUUGCAUAUCCGUUGUUUCUCCAAAAGGAGCUGACGCCAAGGAAUGUUCAGUUCAUGUGCACUGACGUAAUAUGCAAGUACUGGCCAUACCUGCAGAGAGUUGUUAAUGAUUGUCCAGAGCUUUCUCCUCUCCUGCACAUGAAGCCAUUCCUGUCAGUGAUGCAUGCAAAGGCCCACUCUUGGAAAUGUGAGAUUAAGUGGGGUGGCCGAAACCAAGAAGGAGCAGGCACCACCUUGGGUGAAGAGGUGGAACAAGUAAACAGCUUCUUGUCGAGAACUGCUAUAUGCAGUAAAUACAUGACCAAAGGAGCUAGGACAGACAUGAUUACUAUCCAGGCCAUGGCAUGGAAUCAACGCAAAAUUGACAACCUUGCAAACGUGCUGUCCCGAAGAUUAAUAAAGACAAAAGCACAAAUUCAGGAGGAGUCCCUAAAUCUUGAUGCACUAAAGACAGAGUUUGCAGUAACAGAUGACACACUUAAAGACUGGACCAGUGAAAUCCAGCAGUGGGCUGAUACAGCAACAAGUAAGGAGAAUGCAAGCAGUCAACAGGGACUCCAGAAGACAAUUGAGACUCUUUAUGUGAGCAUCAGGCAGAGGAAGCGAGAUCUUUACCGUCAAACAGAUGGAAACAAAAGAAGACACAAACUCCGUAGAAAAAUUUUGGAGGAAAAGGCCAAAUUUAGUGCAGCUGUGGAUGAGUACAACAGGGAAGCACCUGAAAAGCUGCAGUCAGCCGACUCAAUUCUGGCAUGUGAGAGCUAUGCAUGGCCAUGGGUACUGGAUGAGCGUGAUAAUCUUGUCACCAAAAAAAGGGCCUUUGACCAACUGAUGCUGCUAAAGCGCCUUACCGAAGAGGAGUGCAUUGUCCUGAAUGAAAUCAGGAAUCACUGGAAAAGCCUCAAAAGGGAUCUGUCUCUUCUAAAUGACCUUUCAUGUCAUGUUGCUGUUGAUAUAACAAAGAAGAAACAGGACUCUGACCUUUCCAAAAGUGGAAUUCUGGGACUUCACGCUCUACUACAGAAAAAACUAUGCUACCUAAAAAGUCACAUAUCCUCGGUUCGGCAGCUGUACGGUAGUGUCCUAGACAAUUGUGAGGUGUGUGAGGAACUGCAAGAUGAUGAUUACCUUAACAUGGAUGAGGAUUAUAUCCAGUAUGGUUCAGAGGAUGAGGAGGAGGAUGAAGACGAAGUUUCAUUUGAAAUUUAAAAACCUUGUAAAUCAUUACUGUGAAAAAACUGAGUAACAUACACUAAUUUAUGAUACUCAUUUAAUUUCCAUUAAAUCUUAACUGUCUAUAUUACUUGAUAAAACACUGACAAGGUGUUGUGCAAAUGUGUAAUCCUACUGUUAAAUUCUUGUUUUUAUAUUAAAUUUCAUAAUUUACAUGGUAAAAAUUGCACUGUAAAAUAUUACUUGCAUUCACUAUUAUUUAUUGUUAAAUAGCUUCUUGAUGUAACCUGUAAUAUUCAUGACUAUAUGUACAAUGUUUUACCAAAAUGUACCAAAUUCAUGACAAAUUCACAGAGAAGCUCCCAACCAGUUUUGUUGUUUACAGUAUGAGUGUGCUGCAGAUUUGUCCAAUAAAUGUGCUAAACUGCUUUGCUCUAGAGCUGAUAUAACUAAAAUGCCUACCCAGGUCCUUUUUCAUCCUUGCCCUAAUAGACUGAUUGACAACUGGUUUAUUUGAUUUUUAGCCCAUUUCAGGUGAGUACUGUUGGAUUUGUGUGUAAUGAUUCAAAUUCAGGAUCUUAUUUCAGGCUUAAGACUGUUUUCAGAAGCUUACAUGUGCCACAUUUUUUUAAAAGCCUAAAAACAGCUCAAACAUGCAUUUUAGUCCAGGACUAUCUUAAGCCUUGUCUGUGAAACUGGGGGUAAAUGUUUAUGUAUUUAAUAUGUGUAAUUAAUUAAUAUAUUUAAUUAAUAUUACUUAACCCCAUGGUGUAUGCAAUGGAUGGAAACCAUUUGGCCCUUGCUUAGAAGAGCCUAACUUAAAGCCUAUUUCUACAUCAGGUUAACCACACAAAGGAAUCUAUCGUUUAAAAAUGCUAGUUUACGUUUAAUGGGAAAUUAUAAAUGUAUAAAACAUAACCAAAUAAAUGUUUAUAGGAAUCUUGCAUUCAUCUCAUUAAUAAAUUCGCCAUAUAAAA